AGGUUUGUUGCUUAACCGGACUGCAACACCUGUUUGGACGUUGGUUCCUCGUUUUAUUCCGACCGUCACAACCACUUGCACACAUCUCUCUCUCCAUCGCCAAAAACAGGAAAAAGAACAGAACCCCAGAAAAUUCCCUUAUCCCUCUUUCUCAUCAUCUAUAUAUUUGUUAUCGCUUUCGUUGUUUGGGAGACUCGGUUGCUGGCAGCGGCCGACAAACCGCCGCAUUAAGACGUUGGGGAUUUUGGGCUUCUGAUCUCGCUCGGCGGAAUCUCUCUUUUUUUUCUUCGGUGUGCUUGUGUUGUUCUUCGUCUAGGGUUAGGUUUUGUUUCAAUAACUUGCCCCGAGUUGGCUUUGUUGUACUAUGUCCGAUAGUCAGCUUGUGAUAUGAGACAACUCAAUUUUGGACUUUGAUCGAUUGAAUUUUUUUCUAGUUUUAUGGUUCCAAUUUGUUUGUAGCUUUCGAUUUUGUUUGGACCCAGUACUGUAAAGUGAACGAUUAUUUCAUUUUUAUGUGUUUUUAAUUUCAUUUUGUUUCUGAUUUGAUUUUCAUUGGAGAAGAAAAGGAGAGAAUAUAAAGAAAAAUCUGUGAGAUAUUAUCUAUAAUUUGCUCGUAGCAUCCCAUUUUUGGUCGAAAAAGAAAAAAGAAAUAAAAAAAAGGAAAAAAAUAAAGAUAAAAUUUGUGACAGUUUAUAUACAAAGAUGGGAAGCCCUGGAUUGAUGAAUCGCAAUAAUGGGCAAAGGUUAGGCAUUACUGAACCAAUUUCAUUGGGUGGACCGACUGAGUACGAUGUGAUCAAGACCCGAGAACUCGAAAAGUAUUUGCAAGACGCUGGAUUGUAUGAGAAUCAGGAAGAGGCUGUGAGUAGGGAGGAAGUGCUUGGAAGGCUUGACCAGAUUGUAAAGAUUUGGGUCAAAAAAAUUAGUCGAUCGAGGGGGUUGAAUGACCAACUCGUGCAAGAAGCAAACGCCAAGAUUUUCACAUUUGGUUCCUAUCGGCUAGGGGUGCAUGGCCCUGGUGCAGAUAUUGACACGCUUUGCGUGGGACCUAGACAUGCUACAAGAGAAGAUGAUUUCUUUGGCGAGCUAUAUAGAAUGCUGUGUGAGAUGCCAGAAGUAACAGAGUUGCACCCUGUGCCUGAUGCUCAUGUUCCGGUCAUGAGAUUUAAGUUCAGUGGAGUUUCCAUAGACCUUCUGUACGCAAAACUGUCACUCUGGGUUAUUCCUGAAGACCUGGAUAUAUCGCAGGACUCAAUACUACAGAAUGCAGAUGAACAGACAGUUCGUAGUCUCAAUGGCUGUAGAGUCACUGACCAAAUUUUGCGUUUGGUUCCAAAUAUUCAGAAUUUCCGUACAACUUUGAGGUGCAUGAGGUUGUGGGCAAAAUGUCGUGGUGUUUACUCAAAUGUUUCAGGAUUUCUUGGUGGAAUAAACUGGGCAUUGCUGGUUGCUCGCAUAUGCCAACUAUAUCCCAAUGCACUGCCGAAUAUGUUAGUUUCUCGAUUCUUUAGGGUCUAUACUCAGUGGCGUUGGCCAAAUCCAGUAAUGCUCUGUGACAUUGAAGAAGGAUCUCUUGGACUUCAAGUUUGGGAUCCUAGAAGAAAUCCUAAAGACAAGUUCCAUUUGAUGCCUAUAAUAACUCCUGCUUACCCUUGCAUGAACUCUAGCUACAAUGUGUCGUCGAGUACCUUGCGUAUUAUGUCGGAGGAGUUUCAGAGGGGUAGUGAUAUUUGUGAGGCUAUGGAGACAAGCAAGGCAGAUUGGGAUACACUUUUUGAGCCCUAUCCAUUCUUUGAAGCAUAUAAAAAUUACCUACAAAUAGAUGUUACUGCAGAAAAUGCUGAUGAUCUAAGAAAAUGGAAAGGCUGGGUUGAGUCUCGCCUCCGCCAGCUAACAUUGAAGAUUGAGAGGCAUACUUAUAACAAGCUUCAGUGCCACCCACACCCAGGGGAUUUUUCAGACAGGUGUAGAGCUUUCCAUUGCUGCUACUUCAUGGGUUUGCAGCGAAAACAAGGAGUUCCAGUGAAAGAAGGUGCCCAAUUUGAUAUAAGGUUAACCGUUGAGGAAUUUAAACACAAUGUGAACAUGUACUCAUUGUGGAAUCCUGGGAUGGAGAUCCGCGUAUCUCAUGUAAAACGCAGGAAUAUACCCAACUUUGUAUUUCCUGGUGGGAUCCGACCCUCUCGCCCAUCUAAAGUAACUUGGGACAGUAGGAGGAGUUUAGAACUGAAAGUUUCUGGACGCACUCAAGAUUCUGGUGAAGGUAAAACAGUUUCAAAUGGAUCAGAUAAUGAAAGGAAGAGAGAGCGUGUGAAUGAUAGUUUUGAGACUAACCUAAGAAAUGCCAAGCGCUUAGCUGUGCCACCAUCUAUUGGGGAAGUUCACGAGGGUAGCCCUCCUUUGAGCACUGUUAACUCAUCUUCCAUUAAAGGUGAUGAUGUGGAUAUCCACAGGUUAGAGGAAUCCAGGGGAGAGAAAUCUGAGAAUAAUAUACCAGACAGCUUGAGAAAUGUGAAAAAUCUAGUGGAGGUUACUUUUCAAAAUGUUGAAGCUAAUGGAUCGGUGGGAUGCAAUCCACACAACAAAACUCAAGCUGCUGCUACUGUUGAUGCAACAAGCUCUGGAGAAGCAGAGAAGCUGGCAAUUGAGAAGAUAACGUCUGGUCCAUAUCUAUCCCAUCAACCUUAUUCAGAAGAACUUGAUGAGCUUGAAGAUGAUUUUGAAUAUAGAGAUCAAGAUAAAGGUAUUAGGGGAAACAUCAAAGGUGGUCCUGUGGAGUCUUCCUCAGCAAAUGCAGCAGUAGCAGUGCAAGUAACCUCUAGCAAUGGAUCUGCUUCUUCCGGUGAUGUAUAUUCCAAUGGAAACUUAGAAGAGCUUGAGCCCACUGAACUUGUGGCGCCAUUGUCAAAUGUGACUCCUGCACCUGCGAUACAGUCGAAGCCACUAAUCAGGAUGAGUUUCACUUCCUUACCAAAAGCUACCGGCAAAACCUCAUAGAAGGGUCUGGAGCCAAGCCGGUGUGAUGCAGUUAUUCGGAUGGUAUAUGUAUAUUAGAACAUUGUAAUAAUAAUUAAAUAGUUCAAAACAAAGUCUCUUUUCACACUUAUGUGUACAUGAAAAUAUCAACUUUUCCGGAGAGAAGACUAUGAGUAUGAAAGCCUAUUUGGCUGAGAAGUUUAUGAUUCA